UUUCUCGUGCUCGUGUUCACAUUCACAUCGUUGUCUUGCGUUUUUCGACGAUUUUGGCUUGUGCAUGUUUUUGGCGUUGUCGACCAUAGGCCUUUUUCGCCCGUAUGUAUUUUUUUACUACACAUGGGCAAGUCCAACAAGCGGCAUCGCUCUAGGAGCAGGGGGACGUCAAAAAGCGACCUACGAAAACGCCUUCGUAGGCUUGAGAGACUUUUAGAGGAUAAGGAAAAUGUGGACGGCGGCCAUGACAGGCAGUCUCGGCCUCCUUUUCGUGCUAUUAAUAGAAGAUCGGAUUCCCGGUCUAAACGCGACUGCUCUGAUUGCAGUUACAGCAGCGUUGAAAGCUUAAGCAUUGCUGAUGUUCCAUCAACAAGUAGGCAUCUUAGACGAAGACGUUCUUUGUCUGCUGAGGCUUCGUUAAGCCUUUCGCCUGCUCCUUCUUUAAGGGCAGGUGACAAAUCCCAGACUUCUUUAAGUCUUUCUCCUCACUGUGAGGCUGAGGACCUACACGGAGCGGAUGGUAGACCAAAGCCUAGAGCUCCUUUGAACUCGACUAACGGCCCUGAGACCGAAUUGGAAGAAAAUGUACUCAUCAUCGACGACGGCUCUUUAGCCCUUGAUGAUUUUGGAGACGUUUUAGGAAAUGAUUGCCCUAGUACUCCAGUUAAGGCGGACUGUUUACAUGAGGCACUUUCCUCAAGGUGGAACUACAUUGUAACAAAUGGCCUUUCGCAGGAAAAUUUACUUUCCUUAACUCAACGUUAUGCAGUCCCGGAGAACUGUCCGACACUUAACUCACCUAAGCUAAAUCCCGAAGUUUUAGCAAUUUUGGCCAACGAUCGGGUGGCUCGGGACAAUUUUAAUAAAAGUAUCCAAACGAAACUCGCAACGGUUUUGGGAGCUAUGGGAAAGUCUUUGACAGCUUUGCUGAAUGACAAUCCUAUUCCAAAAAAGUUACGUGAUGAAAUUGUAGCCCCUUUGGGUGAUGCUAGUCGUUUACUGGCGCACACCUUUCACGACAUCUCUGACUCUAGGCGUAAUUUGAUUUUACCAACCCUUAACAAAAACAUUAGGGAGGUUCUAGGGAGAACUAAACCAGGAGAUUUCCUUUUUGGAUCAGAUGUUUCAGAGAGCGUCAGGGAAGCUAAGUCUCUACAGAACGCAGGAAAGGAAUUAAAGGCGGCUACUCCUUUGCAAUUCUCAGCUUCAUACAGAGGUGGUAGGAACUCUGGGCGAAUUCGUUUGAAGCCUGUGUUCACAUCAGCGAAAGACCAGCGUUCUUUAAACCGUUACGGCCCGACUCGUCAAAAGGGACAGUCGAGAUCAUUCCGAGGCCAGCAGUCCCAUCAGAAGCAGGGGAAAUACAGACGAUAGAG